UCAUAUGUGAAAAACAGGUUGAGCCAUGUCUGAGGGUGUUGCCCUGUGGAAUCUGUAGAUAAGGAUGCUUUAUACCUGCGUGUGCCUGAGAGUCCAGUUACAUUCUGCGGCUUCCAGAGGGAACAAGCCUCCAGAGGAGUACAGUUAUUCCAUUUUUCCUGUGACCCAGGUAUCACUACUGAGACCGCAAUGGCAUGGUGGAAAGCCUGGAGUGAAGCAGAGGGCAGGUCCGUGGCAGGUGCUUUAAAUUUUAAUGCUGCACCUGAUGCUCAGAUUCUGUACAAGGCCAUGAAAGGGCUUGGGACUGAUGAACAAGCUAUAAUUGAUGUCCUAACCAAGAGGAGCAAUCUGCAGCGUCAAGAGAUUGCCAAAUCCUUCAAAGCACAGUUUGGAAAGGAUCUGAUUGAAAACCUGAAGUCUGAAUUGAGUGGCAACUUUGAGAGGCUCAUUGUAGCUCUCAUGUACUCCCCAUUCAAGUAUGAUGCCAAGGAGCUGUACGAUGCCAUGAAGGGUGUGGGAACGAGGGAAAGUGUUAUCAUAGAGAUCCUGGCGUCUCGGACAAAAGCGCAGAUCAAGGAGAUAAUCAAGGCGUACAAAGAAGAAUACGGUUCUGAUCUCGAGCAAGACAUAAAAUCAGAAACGAGUGGCUACUUAGAACAGAUUUUGGUUUGCCUUCUUCAGGGUGAGAGGGACAAUGCCACCCUUUAUGUGGACACAGCCCUGGCUCUUCAGGAUGCAGAGACUCUCUAUGCUGCUGGAGAGAAGAUACGGGGCACUGAUGAGAUACAGUUCAUCACCAUCUUGUGCAAAAGGAGUGCCACACACUUAAUGAAAGUGUUUGAAGAAUACCAGAAACUGGCUGGAAAGAGCAUAGAAGAUUCUAUCAAGAGUGAAACUCGUGGUUCACUUGAGGAUGCCAUGCUGGCGAUUGUGAAAUGCACCAGGAACAUCCAUUGCUACUUUGCAGAGAGGCUGUACAAUGCUUUAAAGGGGGUUGGCACUGAUGAUGGGACUCUGAUAAGGGUGCUUGUUUCUCGAAGUGAAGUUGACCUAAAUCUUAUAAAGCCUGAAUUCAAGCGUAUUGCAGGAAAGUCUCUCUCCAGUAUGAUUUUGGAGGAUACCAGCGGGGAUUACAAGACAGCCUUGUUGAAUCUCUGUGGCAGUGACUGA